UUGAAAUACAGGCGCAGGCUUGACCGUUGACGCGCAGACGGUGCUGCGUUCACUGACCGACCCGACUGCGCGCUUCUGCUCCCACGUCACUGGCAGUGAUGGCGGAGGCGGACGAUAUCGACAUGAUGAUGAACUACCACGGCGAUUUUUUAAAAAGCGACAGAAAAAGCAGCCGCUACCCAUACUGUAUUGUGUGGACGCCUAUUCCCAUUUUAUCGUGGGUGCUCCCCUUCAUAGGUCACAUGGGGAUCUGCACCUCCUCCGGAGUCAUCCGAGAUUUCGCAGGGUCAUACUUCGUGUCGGAGGACAACAUGGGCUUUGGCAGACCAACCAAGUAUUGGAAACUUGAUGUGGACAAAGUGUGUGGCAACGGUGCUGCCACGUGGGACAAAGCGGUGCAUGAUGCGUCUGAGGAGUACAAAUGCAGACCGCACAACCUGUGCUUUGAUAACUGCCAUUCCCACGUCGCCAUGGCCCUCAACCUGAUGCGCUACAACAACAGCACGUCUUGGAACAUGGUCAACCUGUGUGUGAUGUCUCUCCUCCAUGGGAAACACGUGAGCUGGGCUGCGUUUCUGAAGACUUGGCUCCCCUUCCUCAUGCUCUGCGGGGUCCUCGCCACCUUCAUCCUGACGUUCAACCUCCAGUAACGCAGCCGUCAGUUCAGUGGAUGAGUCACUGGCUUCACACGGCGUCACUGUCAAAUGCAUAGUUCUGGUCUUUGAGGCGGACGCUUUAAAGUAAACCAAGGUUUUUGUGGGUAGUUCCUUUACAUUUUCUAAUUAUGUAUUUUAAUUAUUUAUUUAUUUAUUUAUGUCGUUGUUCAGUCUAAAUAGAAUAUUGUGUUUUGAUUACCUUAUCACUGACAAUAUCAAGGAUGAUUAAACUGCAGUAGAACAAUG